AUGCGUCCCUCAUACUCGUCUGUCGGAUCUCCUCAAUCUCGGCCGAAUCCACAACAUUUAUCAAGCUCUUCUAUACUGAGAGAUGAUCCUGUUUUUGAUUUUUCUACGUCAACUUGCAUUUCUUUGGCCUAUUCAAAUGUCCAACUUUCCUCUGAUCAUUUAGCCCACCCACACCCUCCUUCGGAUAUCCUUACCUCUUCCUCAGGCUAUCCUUCAUUAUCCUCUCAGACUUUCGUUUCAAACUUGGAUUCGUCCACACGGGAUUCUGCGAAAACAGUCAGCACUUUAGAACUGAGAUGUCCUGUUUUGGCAGCAGUAGUACCAACGCCACCGCCUACACCAAUAUGGCCAGUUUCAAUGGAGGAAGAGGGGCAAGAACAUGAAGGUUUACAUGACACGCAUGUUGAAACUAAUCGGAUAGAGCACUUACAAAUCGAUCGUUCCCAAAAUGAGCAGCAACAGCCCUCAUGUUCACUAUCCUGCUCUCCUUUUAAAGUCUGCCAGUCCUUGUGCUUAAUCGGCACUCCUUCGACAGGACUCUCUGGCCAUAACCUUCUUCAGUCGCAACAACCAGUUCCGCCUUCGCUUUGCAACCUCGAUGAGAGAACUAGCCGAACUGAGGAGAUGGCACCCAUAGGACUAUCUUCAAACUGUUUACAAUUCCCAGAAUUCACACGUCUAGAAUCAGCCUCAGCAUUGACCGAUUUGGAUGGUAAAAUCGCUUCUAGACAAACGGCGUCCAGUCAGCUGCCUGCUCACUCUACUCACUCUGCUCAUCCAGCUUUGGAUUGUCUGCAGACAACAGCUGUAACUAAUUCUUUGACCAAUAUGCGGCGUUCAAGACGUAACGUGACCUUCCAACAAUUUUGGACACCUAAACCUUCAAGGCGGAAACGUAAAGGUGAACAGACCAUUUUACAAACAGUAGGUACUGGACGACAAACGGAGCCGGCUGCUUGCUUUCCUUCACCUCAGCUCCACAAUAUCGGCUUGGCUUGA